AUGACAAAAUACAAUGUGAAUGUUGUUUCAUCCGACAUGAAAGGUCGAUUGGAGUUUAUGAUGAACAUUUACAAUCGUUUAAUGAUGUCUGAUCAAGAAGUUACACCAAGUAAAACUACUGCUGAUUAUCAUUCGUUAAAUGGUUAUAUAAAACUAAUGCAAUGUGCAACAAAUAGUAAAAAGAAUAAAAAAUCUAAUAAAAGUCGUUCAUAUCGUCCAACAGCAACAAAUAAAACUAUCAACAUAGCAUCAGCUAUUCAAAAAAAUUAUAAAAAUUAUAGCAGUACAUCAUCUAUAUCAUCUCGGCCAACUUUAAGUCGUUCACCAUCAUCUGUAUUAUAUGAUUUUGAAAACAAUUCAGCAUCUACUUGUUUUGAAGAAACUAAAAGAUUGUUAUGGGCAGGUUGUAAGACUGUCGAUGAUGCUCUUGAUGUGAACAGAGACUUACCCAUGUGGGUACAGACUGUAGAUUCAAAUAAUAUUGUUAAACAGUUGUUGACAUCUGUAGAUGCCAGCCGUGUUGAUAAAGGUAACGUGCACACCCUGGUUGCUGUAUUUAUUAAUUUCAGCAUUACCAUGAUAGACAUGUUUGGAAUGAAUGUCAAUGUAGACCAACAUUGGUGGAAACACUCAUACAAAAUUAUGGAACAGUUGAUUAAUGAUAUCAAUGUACACUGCCGUGCUAAAGAUCCAAAUGCAUCACUUAAAGUCAAAGGAAAAAAUGGUGAUAGAAUGUUCAAUAAGGCAUUAUCAACAAUCACUCAAUUAAAAAAAAUUGUACCAAAUGAUAAACAUGAGGUCCAUGUAAUGCAAAAUCCAAUAACACCUCUUGUUCCUCCUGUACAACAGCCCACAUACCAACCUCCAUCUCCAGAUUUUAACAAUCAGCCAUACGUAAAUUAUAACUAUCCCAAUCAGAAUUAUAUUAACAAUUAUAAUUAUCAAGGACCAUAUCAAACACCGCAAAUAAAUCGACCACCAUACUGUCCAAUGCAGUACCGUCCUCCAUAUCAGCCCCCUUACCAACAAUAUCCAAACCAAGUGCGAAUGAAUCAACCACAGUACUAUCAAUACCUUCAGCAACCCCCAAAUCCAUGGCAAAAUAAUUACCAAAAACCACCAUAUCCAGUACAUAAUGCACCCUUUCCACCUUCUCAGUUUGUUGCUAAUCCACAGCCAAAACCUGAAGCUAAACUAGUUGAAGUGAAGGAAGAUGACGAGAAAAAAUGGCUAGAAGCACAAAAAGAUGCAAAGAAGUUAGUGAACAAUGCUAUUAAUCAUAAUAUUUUGGCAACUAGAUCUACUGAUAGUAUACAGUCAUCACAGGAGAGUGAAGAAGGGUUAAUCAGCAAUGUACAUCCAGUAUUUGAAAAAAUGUCUGACAGAGAUAGUGGAGCUCCAGUUCCAGACGAUACCACAGACAGAAUGUGGAAUUUUUUGGCCAGAGAAGUAGAUAAAAAAGUUCGAUAUAAAUUUCAAAAAAUGAUUAGAGAAAUGCAAGACAUACCAAAAGAAGAGUUUAGUAAGGAGCCAGAAUUAUAUGAGACUACUUAUCAAAAUGUGGUAAGGAUACAGCUAUUUGAGCCAAUCAGAUGUAAAAUGAUUAAUAAGAAGUAUGAAAAUGUACAAGCAGUCGUUAGGGACUUUCGAUUGGUAUUCAGUACAUUCCGCCACAUAUCUCAGCAGUCUAAUGAUAUUAAAUGUAAACUUAUGAUGGACUUUAUGGAACGUCAUUUUAAUGAAUGCCUUAGAAAAUAUUUCCGUGGAUGGAAUUUAGACAAAUACCGUAGUACUGUCCAGGAGUGA